AUGAAUUAAAACCUUGAUUUUUUAAAUUUAAAAUAAUUUACUUCAUAUGAUUAUUCUAAUGUAAAUAGAAAAAUCGAACUAGAUGCAGGUGAAGCUAUUUAAGUUUCUUGUAAAUUAUAAAACAAUUUUUAAAUUUACAAUAGAAUAUGUACAAAAAUUUAUAAUCCUUAUAAUUUUUUGCCUUUAGUAUCAUUUAAAUUUUAUAGAAGAAAAUUUAUAUUGAUUCAUAUAACAAUAACAAUUUUAUGCAUUUCAUUAAAUCAGGAUAUUACUUCUAAAUAAGAUAUGUAAAAAAUAAAUAUAUUUGUUAUUAAAUUAUUAUUUACAAGAAUAAACUAUUUUUAUAUGUUUUUAAUUCCAAUUUUAAUCUCUUAAAUAAUUUACUUAUUAUUAGAAUAUGUUUUGGAAUAAAGAAAAAGCCUCUUUGAUCUAUUAAAGAAUAAUAAAGAAUGUUCUGUAUUUAUAAAAUUUCGCAAAAAAUAAAUCUAAAAAAAUGCUGUAAAAUUAAUUGUAAAAAAGAAAUGGUCUGAAAUUGAAGUAUUUUUAAAUUAUAUAUAAAAAAAUAUAAAAAUAUAAAUAGAUAGCUGAUAUUGUGAUCUUAAAAUAAAAUGAAGAAUGUCCGAGUGAUAUUUUAAUUUUAGAUUCAUCUGGAAAGUAAUGUAUAAUAGAUACAAGCUUAAUCACGGAAAACACUGAAUAUGAAUAUAAAUCAAUUUUAAAAUUAACUAAAUCUGAUGAAAAUUCUAAGCACAAGCGAACUCUUUUAUAGUUUCGUAAACUAUUAAAAGGAAAUCUAGAAUAUUCAAAAAGCAAAGAAUAAAUACGUGGAUAUAUAAAAUUAUCUAAAGAUCCUUAAACAGAUUUAUUUACUAACGAAAAUAUAAUAUUUAGAGGAUCUAUUUUAAAAGAAGAAUGGGCUAUUGGUAUUGUUUUAUAUACAGGACUACAAUGCUAAAUAUAUUAAGAUGUAAAUAAUAGAUAAAAGAAUGAAAACAAUUCGAUUUUUUGGAAUAAAAUAUAGUUUUUUUGUAUUUUUAAUUAUUUGCUCUUCAUUCCUAUUUUGAUUGUUUCAAUAGUCAAUUAAUAAAUGUCUAAAUGCUAUAUAAUUUAUAGUUAAAAAUAAAUUUAAUUUUUUACAUUAUAAAGAUUAGUUGUUUUAAUUUCAGAUUCUUUACCUUUAUUCCCUAUAUUUAUUUAUUUUUUCAUAGACUCGCUUCUUUUAAUAGAAAUUUUAUGCUAAAAUUAUUAAUUAC